AUGGCUCGUACCAAGCAGACCGCUCGCAAGUCCUCCGGAGGCAAGGCUCCUCGCAAGCAGAUGGCCACCAAGGCCGCUCGCAAGUCUGCCCCUGCCUCGGGCGGCGUCAAGAAGCCCCACCGUUUCCGCCCCGGAACGGUCGCCCUCCGCGAGAUCCGUCGCUACCAGAAGUCGACCGAGCUGCUCAUCCGCAAGCUCCCCUUCCAGCGUCUGGUCCGCGAGAUCGCCCAGGACUUCAAGACCGACCUCCGCUUCCAGUCGUCGGCUGUGAUGGCCCUGCAGGAGGCCGCUGAGGCCUACCUGGUUGGCCUCUUCGAGGACACCAACCUGUGUGCCAUCCAUGCCAAGCGUGUCACCAUCAUGCCGAAGGACAUCCAGCUGGCUCGCCGCAUCCGUGGUGAGCGUGCGUAA